UAAACAGCAUUACUACACCCCGUGUUCGAAUUCCCCGCUCCUUACAUCACCAACCAAAAAAUCAAAAUGUCCUAAAAAUGUCAAGAUAACCUCAAAUAUGGGUUACAAAAUUUGUAUGGUUUCUGAUUUUUUCUUCCCCAACAUGGGCGGGGUCGAGGAACACAUUUAUAACCUCUCCCAGUGUUUGCUCCUUGAGGGGCACAAAGUUGUGGUUAUGACACACAGUUACGGCGAUUGUGUCGGAAUUCGUUACAAAACCAACGGUCUGAAGGUCUAUUACCUUCCAAUUAGGGUGUUUUAUAACCAGUCGAUUCUGCCGACAAUGAUAUGCAAUGUGCCCCUAAUUCGCAACAUUUUGAUAAGGGAACAAAUUGAGAUAAUUCACGGCCAUUCGGCAUUUUCAGCCCUUGCACACGAGGCGCUGGUAAUCGGAAAUUUAAUGGGAUUAAGGACUGUCUUUACGGACCACAGUUUGUUUGGUUUUGCUGACGCUAGUGCGGUUAUAACAAAUAAAUUGUUACAAAUGUCGUUAACAGAUUGCAAUCACUGGAUUUGUGUUUCACACACUGGGAAAGAAAAUACGGUGCUGCGGGCAAAAGUCAGCAGUAAAAGGGUUUCUGUGAUUCCAAACGCAGUUGAUACAUGUGCAUUUAUGCCGGAUCCCAGCCAAAGAUCGAGCGAAUUUAUCACAAUAGUCGUGGUUUCAAGACUAGUUUACCGCAAAGGCGUGGAUUUGACGGCCCAAAUUAUUUCAGAAAUGUGCAGUAAACACGAUAAAAUCAACUUUUUAAUCGCAGGCGACGGACCCAAGCGCGGAUUGCUUGAGGAAAUACGGGAAAGGCAAGGGUUGCACGAUAGGGUCACCCUUUUGGGUAGCCUGGAGCAUUCCCUUGUUCGCAAUGUACUAAACCAAGGGCAUAUUUUCCUCAACACUUCCCUGACUGAAGCGUAUUGUAUGGCUAUAGUAGAAGCGGUUUCAUGCGGAUUACAAGUCGUUUCGACCCGAGUUGGGGGAAUCCCAGAAGUGUUGCCUGAAGAUUUGAUUUACUUGACUGAACCAAACGUCCCUUCUCUUAUUAAAACCCUCGAAACCGCAAUUGAUGAUUUGAAAAAUAACAAAGUUAAUUGUCCGUACUUGUGUAAUUUGAGGAUAAAAAAUUAUUACAACUGGGAGAACGUUUCAAAACGGACGGAAAUCGUGUAUCAGAAAGUUAUGCAAGAAAGGAAUAAAACAUUACAGGAGCAAUUAUGGAGUUACAAAACAAGUGGUGUUUGGCCAUUUUUACUGGCGGUCUCUUUGUGUUAUCUAAUGUUGCAGUUUUUGGAGUACAUAUACCCAAGGGAAUACAUCGAUAUCGCCAAGGAUUAUAAUUAUAAGAAAAAAAGUAAAGAGAAGAUUUAUUAGUUGUGUCCUGUAAAUAAAAUUUUUUAUUACCAAA